CGCCUCCUCCGGCCUUUUCUCAUCCGUCAGUCAUCGCCUGUACGACCUCCGCGUGAACCCUUUGGUUUUUUCCAUGAAGGUGUCUGCGAAUAAUGGAGAGAAGGAAGAAAAUAAAAAGAACGGUUUCCUUCUCGACCGAAGGUGAAACUCUUUUGAGCCUGAGAUCAGAAGUGCCUGUCAAGAUGGAAGUGAACCCCCCGAAACAGGAGCACCUGCUGGCGCUAAAAGUGAUGCGAUUGACUAAGCCGACUCUGUUCACCAAUAUUCCUGUAACAUGUGAAGAGAAAGACUUGCCUGGUGAUCUCUUUAACCAGUUAAUGAGAGAUGAUCCUUCAACUGUAAAUGGUGCAGAGAUUUUAAUGUUGGGAGAAAUGUUGACUUUACCUCAAAAUUUCGGGAAUAUAUUUUUGGGAGAGACCUUUUCCAGUUACAUCAGUGUUCAUAAUGACAGCAAUCAAGUUGUAAAAGAUAUAUUGGUGAAGGCGGAUCUUCAGACAAGUUCUCAGCGUUUAAACCUUUCAGCCUCCAAUGCUGCUGUGGCUGAACUUAAACCUGAUUGUUGUAUUGAUGAUGUCAUACACCAUGAAGUCAAGGAAAUUGGGACACACAUCUUGGUGUGUGCUGUGAGUUAUACAACUCAGGGUGGAGAAAAAAUGUACUUUAGGAAAUUCUUCAAAUUUCAGGUUCUCAAACCACUGGAUGUGAAAACCAAAUUUUACAAUGCAGAGAGUGACCUCAGUUCUGUGACUGAUGAAGUCUUUCUUGAAGCCCAAAUUCAGAACAUUACAACCUCACCUAUGUUUAUGGAGAAAGUGUCACUGGAGCCAUCGAUAAUGUACAAUGUCACAGAAUUGAAUUCCGUGACCCAAGCCGGGGAAUGUGUAUCUACAUUUGGAUCCAGAGGAUAUUUGCAGCCAAUGGAUACACGCCAGUACUUAUACUGCCUAAAGCCCAAGAAGGAGUUUGCAGAAAAAGCUGGCAUCAUUAAAGGAGUGACAGUCAUUGGGAAAUUGGACAUAGUGUGGAAAACAAACCUAGGUGAAAGGGGAAGAUUGCAGACCAGCCAGCUUCAAAGAAUGGCUCCAGGUUACGGAGAUGUUAGGCUAUCUCUAGAGGCCAUUCCAGAUACCGUGAACCUAGAAGAGCCUUUCCACAUUACCUGUAAAAUCACAAACUGCAGCAGUGAAAGGACGAUGGAUCUGGUCCUGGAAAUGUGCAACACCAAUUCUAUCCACUGGUGUGGGAUUUCAGGAAGACAGCUGGGGAAGCUGAGCCCGAGCUCCUCUCUCUGCCUGGCCCUCACUCUCCUGUCGUCGGUACAGGGGCUCCAAAGUGUCUCUGGCUUAAGACUCACUGACACAUUCUUAAAGAGAACCUACGAAUAUGACGACAUUGCACAAGUCUGUGUGGUCUCCUCAGCCGUGGAAGUGGAAGCCUGAGGAAAAUUCCCAAUGUUGAAUUUCUUGUUAAUCACAGAACUGCUCUCCUUUUUUUGUCAGCUUUGUGAAAUGAUCAGUAGCAAAAAUAAGUGUAUGUUAUUUAAAUUUGUUUUCUGUAAAAUAGUUAAAUAUUAAAUAUUUGUUGCAAAAAACAUAGUUUUUAUCCUGUGAAUUAUAUUCUAAAUGAACAGAACAUUUCCCUAUUUUCUAUACAUAUUCCAUGCCCUUUAAGAUAACUGUUGGCUUUUGUUUUCACCAAGCUCUAAUUUUGAGGCUUUCUGUCUACCAAGUACCUUUUUGUAAAGGGCCGUGUAUCGGAUGUUGUAGGCUCUGGAAGCAGAUGAAUUCUGCCAUUUGAGCACAAUAGGAGGGUGUCCAAAUAGCACCUGCUGGCUAGAGCCCCUGGGCUACAGUUUACUAAUUCAGUCUGGAAAAUGCUGUUGGUUUUAGGACUUUGGAAUUUUCAAAAUACUUUGUGUCAUAAUUCAGUUAAAGUAAUCAUCGCCAACUACAGUCUUCCCUGGGUGCAUAGUCAACAGAAAAGCCUCUGAAACAAUCCAGGUCCCCUUCCUGUAACCUGAGUAUUUCUUAACACAGGAUAACCAUUUUUAGUUGUUUUCAAAAUCACUGUAUAUGUCUGUGUCAGUGUACACAUACCAACACACAUCUCACAGACACUCAACAGCAGACCAGAAUUGGUUAACUUUUUUUUUUUUUAACUUUUAUUGAUUCUUUGCCGAUCGCACAUCCUGCAUCCCAAUCCCACCCAACUCUCCCUCCCCCAUCCGCCCUCCACCCUUGCAACCUCACCCCCAAAACAAAACAAAAUUGAAAAGAAAAACCAA